AUGCCAAAUGCUUCCCACGACUCAGCUUCUUCAUUGAAUACACCACCAAGAAACAGGCCGCUAUUAUCGGGUUACUUCGGCCCAACCAGCUUUGUGUCUCCAUUGACCGACGAUGUGGACUUGGCAUCAGCGGGCCAAGGCUCCGACACACAAACGGCGCAACGCGUGCUGCCACCAUACUGGGUGCAAAAGAUCACCGAAAUCCUCCAGACAUUGGAUGAUUUGAGUACAAUUGAAGUGCUCAUCCGCGAAUACUAUUCUCUGAGCCAGAGCGCUGUCAUUGCGGCACCUUUUAUAUUGAACAGCCUUCGUCCUGUGAAAGCACUAUGUGAGGAAUGGGGUGCCAGCCGAAAUGCCGAUGACUAUGCAUCUUCGCUGACAGUACGAAUUAUUCAAAAUACCGCGGAGAUCCUCGAGGUACCAUCGUCGACUCGGGGAACGGACUUCCACACUCUGUUCACUGGCUCGGCUAUUCGCUUGGAGAUCAUCGGUGUUCUUUGCUCGCUUACCGGACGGGCUGCAUAUCUAGGACUAGCACGGACCAAGUUCGACGGCCAAACGUCACGCUCCCAGUAUGCACGAAAAAUGCUUGCUGCCAGUGAUGCCGCACUGUAUAUUUGCAAAAUCCUCACCCCACUCAAUGAUUUGACGAUAUGGCUGGUACAUGAGAAUCUAUUAUUGUCGGAUGUGGUGAAUGGCGACUCUAGUCCACAUAGCUGGAACCGACUUGGUGAGCUGUCGACAGACAUCUUCGCUCUUGGUCUGCAUCGAGAUUCAAAAACGACGAAUGUUAUUCCAGAGUUUCUUUUGGAGUCACGUCGGCGGCAGUUCGCCGCGGCCUAUCAACUGGACAAGAGUAUUGCCACCUUUUUGGGCCGUCCACCCCGAAUCCCUUGGCGGUAUGCCGACUGCAGAAUGCCUCUGGACAUCCGUGACGAGGCACUCGCUACUGAUGGCAUGGAACUACGGUAUUCGCAAAAUGAGCUGGACGCAGACGGCUGGAACAUUUAUGGUCUCUAUCAACGAUCUUCAUGGAUGAGAGUCCGCUUCAUCAUCAGUACCUUCCGGGAUGAGAUUCUAGAGGUAUCGCUGCGAAAAAUGACCCCUGAAACGGCCAGCUACCUCGAUGACGUCUCCCAACGCUGCCACUUGGCGUGGGAGGCACUACCUACCCAUCUGCGCUAUACUCCACAAUGCUGGGAGAACAAUCUGCCUGUGGCAGUUUGCCUGAUGCUAAUCAUCUCAUACCUCGCAUAUCUCUACAACGACUUUCUGAUUCAGCGACUCAUAGCCGGGAAGAACAAUCCGAGGGGCAAUAAAGCCCUUCUCGCUGCGAGCGCAGACAUCCUCGCAACUGUUUUGACCUUGGGGACCCAGCGAGAGCAAAUGGUUGAUCUUCGACCAGACUUCACAUGGACAAUCCUUCUGUAUGGCUUCCCAAGCGCCAGCCUCCUCAUCAAAGCCCUACAACACCACAAACGCACAGGCGAACCCUUCCUUUACGACGGCUCGCGAUCCGCCCUCAUUCGCAAUCUCAGCGUAUUCAUCGCACAUCUGGAAUCGACCGUCCGCCCUGACAAUGCCAACUACGCUCUCUUUCAGCAGGCAAGCCAGGUGUUCUCGAAGAUCAUUGAUGAGAUCCUGGAACCGCAAUCGGGUAUGCCGGACACAGAGCUGGGCGAGACCCCGUUUAUGGAUUAUGAUCAGAUGAUUGCGGUGGAUGGGCUGGACCUGUUUAAUACGAUGGAUUUUGGUGUUGCGUUUAACCAGUGGCUGUUUUGA